GUUCGAAACAAAAUCCCGGAUAAAGAUCCAAGGUCGUCGUUAUCUGGCGACGCGACACCUCAAUAUCUCCAGAGUACUCGACGGGAUGGCAGCGCAGGGAGUCAGCGCGAUGCACCACUGCGACAGCGACCCGAGUUUGGAGGCACCCCCUCCAUCGCCAAUGAACCCGCCGAUGUCUCCUCGAGUCCACGUGCACAGCGGGGAGCGGGGAAUCACGCAGCUCUUGGACCGCAACCGCGCGUGGGCCGACUCCAUGUUGGAGAAGGACCCCGACUUCUUUACACGCCUUGCGAGCCAGCACAGUCCUGAGAUCCUAUGGAUCGGAUGCUCGGACUCGCGUGUACCGGCCAACGAAAUCCUCGCGCUAUCCCCUGGCGAGGUCUUUGUCCAUCGAAACAUCGCGAAUCAAGUGAGUACGUUCACGAUCGUGUGUGCCCACCGCCUCCUCGUCACCCUCAUGUCGCGCACGCAUCCUCGUGUGUCUCUAGUCAGCACCGACAUGAACUGCUUAUCUGUAAUCGAGUACGCUGUCAAGUACCUGCAAGUCCGCCACAUCAUCGUGUGCGGCCACUACGGCUGCGGCGGCGUCCACGCCGCGCUGUCGCAAGAUGAAUUCGGUCUCGUCGACAACUGGCUGAGAAGCAUCAAGGACUUGUACAUUGAAAACCACAAAAAGUUUGGGCACAUCACGGACACCACGACCAAGGCCGACCUCUUGACGGAGGAAAACGUGGCGCGUUCGGUGUACAACGUGUGCCACUCGCGCAUUGUCCAGAACGCUUGGGAGAAUGGCCAAACGUUGAGUGUGCACGGGCUGUGCUACCGGUUGCAAGACGGCAUCAUUCGCGACCUUCAGAUUUGCAUAUCUGGCGAGGACCAAGUCGAGGCCAUCUAUCGGCGCAUGAUGACCAAGUCCAAGCCAGAGCUCUAGCUGUCGACAAGCAUAUAUCGAGCAUGCGACGUUGACCAUGAAUGGCCUGC